GGAAAGCGGUCUCUGGGGCAGCAGCAGUGCUGUCCCCUGCCCAGCCGAGGGUACUUCCGGGAGGCCUCUUUCUCUCCGGGCAUUUUCUCUCUCCCCUCCACCGCCCCACCUGUAACGCGGGCCGCGGCGGGCCGAAGCUUCGUGCCUGCGUCCAGUCCCCCCACCCCCGCCCCGCGCAGCCAUGCCUAAACGAGGGAAAAAGGCCAAGAUCCCUUUGUCGGAAGAGGAGCAGCUGCUGCUGUUUCAGCAGAAGUUGCUAGCGGAGGAAGAGAUAGCCAAGAAGAAAGAGAGGCUCCUCAGCCAGUUCUUGAAGGACAAGCUGGCCAAGGAGGAGCACAACAGUGCUCUGAACCUCAAUAAAAUCAACACGCAGUGGAGAGCCGUCCUGCGGGAAGUGAAGACCAGGGAGCUGCACAGGGACAUUGAAAUCCUCAGCCAGACGUUUGAGCGUGUGGUGGACUGCAAAGACAGCGUCAUCAAGUCCUUAGCAAAGGACCUGUCAGAAGCCGAGGAGCAGUAUGCCCACGCCCUCCGCAGCCACCUGCACAACAUUGACCAGCUCUUGGCCCUGCAGAGGCGCCGGCUGAGCCUCCUGGAGGAGAGCUACGUCAUGGAGCUGGAGACCCUAACCAAGGAGUUUGAGACAGAAAGGAAGACAAUUCUUGAACAACAUGAGAAAGAGAUCCACUACCUACAGGACGUCUUCAUGGCCAUGGAGCAGAACUACAUAGAUUCCGAGUAUGAAAGCAAACUGGAGUUCCAGAGCAUGUGGGAUGACCUCAAAAACAAGAAUUUAGAAGAGAAGCAUUUCCUAAGGCUGCAGCUGGAGAACAUAGUGGAAGAUCUGUGGAAAAGAUUCCAGGACGCGCUCAAGAAUUACGCUGACGCCACUGAGGAUCGGAAGAUCGCCUUCGAGACCCUGAAGGUGAAGGAUGAGAAGAGCUCGAAAGAGAUUGAGGCUCAGAUGAAGAAAAUACAGAAGCUGCAGGAGGCCAUCAGCAUUUCAAAAGGCAAGAUCCUGCUGCAGAGCCGCGAGAGUGAGGAUCAGAACCAGUACAUCCGUAGUGACAAGGAACUGGUCCUUGUACAACUGCGGAAACUUAAGGCCCAGAGGACCCGGGCUAGGGAAAUAGCCCAGGAGAACUUAGUGAAGCUAACCCUGGAAAGUAACGCCACCCUCAAGGCCCUGAGAAAGAUCGUGGAUAAGGGCGAAAAGAUCCUUAAACUUGCUGAAAUAUGUAGGAAAUUCGAAACGGAAGAAGAAAAGGUGCUGCCUUUUUAUUCAUCCGUGCUGACUCCCCAGGAGCAGGAGAUCGAGGAGCAGAACCAAGAGGAGCUGACCGAGGAGCUGGUGGAGGUGAUGGCAGACUAUGUCGGGAUGGAGAACUUCUGGAAAAGGUACAACAAGGUGAAACUGGAGAAACUGAGCCUGCUGCAGCGGCGCGCGCGGCUCCUGGAGAUCAACGGGAAGCUGCGGGAGAUGCUCAAGCAGUACUUGGACGGCAUCUCGGUGAGCGAUGAGGUGCUGAGCCAGCUCAACCCGCUCUUCAUCGUCAAUCACCAGAGCAACCUGCCCCCAGCGGCACCUGGGCUCCAGCCCCCUGACAGAGAGCCUGCGGCCGCCUACAAUGUCAUCGAGGCAGCCCAUGUGAUCGCCCACACCCUGUGACCCCCCCUCAGGAGAAAAGUCUCUUCCCAAGCCUGAGUCGUGUAUGUGUAUGUGUGUGUGCACGCGCACGUGUGCUCCCUCUCAGAGCCGUGAGGACUGUGCUAUUAAAAACGUCCAUGUCUGUGAGCUCUGCCG